AUGGACAACACGCACGUUCGGCUGGUCAAAAAUCUCGUCACGUCCUACGACAUCUUCACCUUCAUCUGCGAGAAGUACAAGGGUGCUGCCUUCCACGGCGACCCCUACUUCAUCCAGCACUACCUGAUGGAGAUCAAGUACGAGGAGGGCUCUGAUCUCUCAGAGUUCUUCGUUAAGCUUGAGACCGCGAUGAAAGCCGCGUCGGAAGCCACCGAAUCGGUGAUGACGGAGGGACAGAAGUCAAUCUACCUGUUCCACUCCAUGCCCAAGUCGUGGAAGGAUGAUCUCCGCGUUUGGAAGGACCAACGGAAGUACAUCCCGUAUAAGGACCUCAAGCAGAGUAUUGAGGGCAAGGUGCGCGACCUCCAAGCCCAAGAGCGCUAUACAUUGGCGAAGGGCACACCGGAGAUGACAGCGACCAAGAGCGAGCGUGCCCUGGUUGCGGCUGGACCUACAAUCACUCCG